AUGAGGUACAAUAUAGCUCUAGACUUGGCAUCAGCAUUGCUUUACCUUCAGGAAGAAUGGGAAAAAUGUGUGCUUCACAGGGACAUCAAAUCAAGCAACAUCAUGCUGGACUCCAACUUCAAUCCUAAGCUUGGGGACUUUGGCCUGGCAAGGCUGGUGGAUCAUGAUAAAGGGUCAGAAACCACAGAUGUGGCUGGGACCAUGGGUUGCCUAGCUCCUGAGUGUAUGAACAUAGGCCAGGCUCGAAAGGAAUCUGAUAUAUUCAGUUUUGGGAUUGUUGUGUUGGAGAUAGCCACGGGAAGAAAAGCCAUUCACCACAAACACAUGGAAGGUGAAGUAUCAGUGGUUGAGUGGGUGUGGGAGCUUUAUGGAUUAAGGAAUCUCCUUGCAGCAGUGGAUCCAAAGCUGCAUGGGGAAUUUGAUGCGCAGCAAAUGGAGUGCUUACUGGUUGUUGGUCUUUGGUGUGCUAAUCCAGAUUCUGCAGCCAGACCCCCUGUGUAA